AUAAACUAAAAAUAAUAGUAUAAAAAAUAAUAAUAUUAAAACCCAACCACUUUCCUUCCUCACUUUCUCUCUCCUCCCUUUCAAUCUCCAUUACAGUGAUUUUGCAGCAACGAACCGACAUCGAAAUCACCAACCAAUUUUCUCUCAACCUCACCAAAUCAAACCAAUUCAAGCUCCAUUUACGACGUCAUCAAUGGCGGAGUAUUAGACAAGGAACCUACCAAUAUCAAAAUCUAAGACCCAAUUUUGAUUUUGACGUUUCUUCCGACAUUUCAUCUAUUCUUUAAGCAACAGGCGACUUCAUUACUCCCCAGAUCUUACUUACCUAAAUUGGGUUUUUAUUUUAAUCGAUUUUGGUUUUUUUAGGGUUUUAUUCCGUAUUAAAUACGGUGCUUUCUCUCUCUUUCUCUCUCAUUCAUUGAUCUACUUCUCGGUUUUCGCGGGUUCUAGCAAAUCUGGCAGUGUGAGAUUGAGUUGAUCACUGGGGAGAAUCGCAAUGGUGGACUCUGGGCCGAUUACGCCCGGACAGGUGUCUUUUCUGCUUGGUUUUAUUCCAACUUUGGUUGCUUGGGUCUACUCUGAGAUUUUGGAGUACAAGAGGUCUUCAGCUCAUUCUAAAGUCCAUUCAGACAAUAAUCUUGUUGAGUUGGGAAAUGAGGCUGCAAAGGAAGAUGAUCGAGCAGUGCUCCUGGAAGGCGGAGUUUCUAAAGCAACCUUACAAAAGUUUCCUGCAUAUAAUAUCAAGUCAAACUUAAUAAGGUUUGUGACAAUGGAUGAGUCUUUUUUGCUUGAAAACCGCAUUACCUUAAGAGCCAUUGGCGAGCUGGGGUUAAUUUUGGUGUACUUUUAUAUCUGUGACCGGACAAAUGUGCUGGGAUAUUCAACCAAGAACUACAAUCGUGAUCUAUUCCUAUUUCUCUACUUCCUCCUGGUGAUUGUUUCAGCAAUGACUUCACUCAAGAAACACCAAGAUAAGUCAGCAUUUUCAGGGAAAUCAAUUCUUUACCUGAACCGACACCAGACUGAGGAAUGGAAGGGUUGGAUGCAGGUUCUUUUUCUGAUGUAUCACUAUUUUGCUGCAACGGAGAUCUACAAUGCUAUACGUGUGUUCAUUGCUGCAUAUGUUUGGAUGACCGGAUUCGGCAAUUUUUCAUAUUACUACAUACGAAAAGAUUUUAGCCUGCCCCGCUUUGCUCAGAUGAUGUGGCGGCUAAAUUUCUUUGUUGCAUUUUGCUGCAUUGUUUUGAAUAAUGAUUAUAUGCUGUACUACAUUUGUCCGAUGCAUACGCUUUUCACUCUUAUGGUGUAUGGAGCCCUUGGUAUAUUCAAUAAAUACAACGAAAUACCAACUGUGAUGGCGGUGAAAAUUCUUUCUUGCUUUCUGGUGGUCAUACUUGUUUGGGAAGUUCCUGGAGUCUUCGAAUUGAUCUGGAGUCCUUUCAUGUUCUUUUUAGGGUACACUGAUCCUGCAAAACCAGAUCUUCCUCGAGUACAUGAAUGGCAUUUCAGAUCCGGGCUUGAUCGUUAUGUGUGGAUCAUUGGAAUGAUCUACGCCUACUACCACCCAACUGUCGAAAAAUACUUGGAAAAGUUGGAGGAGUCUGAACCAAAGAGGAGACAUGCUAUCAAAACUGGAGUAGCUUCAGUUGCAGUAUUUGUUGGUUACUUGUGGUAUGAAUACAUAUAUAAGUUGGACAAAAUCUCAUACAAUAAAUUGCACCCAUACACAUCAUGGAUUCCAAUAACUGUAUAUAUAGUCUUGCGCAAUGUCACCCAUCAGCUGCGUAGUUUUUCUAUGACUCUCUUUGCAUGGCUCGGAAAGAUUACUCUGGAGACUUACAUAUCUCAAUUUCAUAUUUGGUUAAGAUCAAACACGCCCAAUGGACAACCUAAGUGGCUUCUCUCUCUUAUUCCAGAAUAUCCUAUGCUGAACUUUAUGCUUACAACUGCUAUCUAUGUUUUGGUUUCCCACCGGAUUUUUGAGCUGACUAAUGUGCUCAAGACUGUAUUCAUACCAACAAAGGAAAACCGACGGUUGUUGCAUAAUUUCAUCGCUGGUGUUGCAAUUUCUGUCAUUCUGUAUUUUUUCGCUGUUGUCCUGCUCCUGAUUCCCAGUUAACCGGCCUUAAUUACGGAAAGAAGAUAUCAGCUUACCAUUACAACCACAUGAUGGAAAAGGAAAGAUAGCCUGGAUCGAUCAGAAUAAGGGGACUUUGGAAUGUGGUCUCCUGAUAUUCUCGUUGAUAAAGCUGGUUAUCGCACUGAUUGAUACUGUAAGGCAUCGGAAAGGAGAUUAUGAAGAUAAUUUUUAAGAGGGUAUGUAGUUAGCCUCACGUCCAAGUGACAUUGUGCAUUAUUAAUAUAGCAUCCUUUUCUUCCCUUUUCAUUUUUUACCCUUUUGAUCUCUUACCCAUAUACCAUUUUCGCUCCUGUUGUGUGAGCCAUAGCAAAUAUAGGUUUCUCCAGAUAGUUCUCGGGUGAGUGAUAAAAGUAAAAUUUGUUAUUAAAUUGUAAUGAAAAUUUUGUUGUAUUUCCAAGAAUCUAUAAUCUUUUUAUAUACCACUUUCUGAUACACA